AUGUUAAAGCUUGCUGAUAUUGCCUCAACAGUGCACCAUCAGCAGCAGGUGCCGACGGAAAUUGUUAAGAAUUUAAAACAGACUUUUAAGCAUCCCGAGCCGUUUGUUCACGUUGAAAACAAGGUCAAAAUUCGCACAGGUCAAUACUACAAGCCAGAGAGACCUAAAAACGCUUGGAGAACUAAAUAUCAUAGACAUGUUCGUCAACGCUCUUGUGGUUUCUACACUCCGGCACAUAUACCGUAUCAAAAUGUUGGUGAAGUUGUGCUGGAUUUAAAAGAGCUUGUCGAUGGGUCUUUGGGAAGUUUGAAACCGAAACGCAACGUCUGGGGAAAGUUGCGCACGACGAAACCAAAAGAUGCAGUCAAGCUAUCAACAAAAAGGAGAGAUACCAUAAGACCAGAUAGCAAAGCUACCCAGGUCAAGAAAACUAAAAAGGAUGGAAAGACAAARGAAUCGCCUGAAUUGAUCAAUGGAGGAAUGGGAGAAAUCCGACAAAAACUUCAAAACCACAAGAGAAGAGUUGCCGCUGUACGGGCAGGAAAGCCGUAUUUUGAAUGCGCACGCGAAGAGGCUGCGCAUAAGACAAUGGAAAUGAUGUUCCAGAAAAGCAAGCCUCAGCGAAGUCUUUCACCGUCACAGCUCAAGCGCUUUGUUUCRAAGUUAAGAGAACGAUCUGAUACCAAGGGACCAGCUAACGCACCACUGCUGUCUGAUCAAAACUCACACGAAGAAAUCAUGAACCUCAGAGCCUCACAAGAAAGAAGUAAGAGAGAUUUUACACAAAAGUUAACUAAUUUAUAUCAGCUUCUGUGCUCAGUAUACAAUCUUCGAACUAAAGACCUUAGAACUAAGACCCCUCUCUCCAAGGACUUCCUUAAAAUGCUCCGAACUGCAAUCAACCUGGAUCAUCGAGGACGUCUCAUUCGUACUGUCCGACAGUCUUAUCCCCAUUCCCACUCCAGAUCAGGACAUCAUCGAUCUUCUACUGACGUUACAGGGCGCAUUCAAGAAACUGACAACUUCCCCAUGGGGUCCCCCCAUAUGUUUUMUCGUCCAAGCUAUAUGUACGAUUCAACCACAUCUAUUUUCAAAGCUGGAGAAAAUGCUACUGGAGGUCCUGGUUUUCAACGGAGAUUUGGAAGCCGCUCUCAAGGCCCGCCUAAAAUGGUCGAAAUGACAUGGGAAGAGCUGCUUGAAGGUAAAUCACCAAACCCAGCUCCACACGAAGCAACUGCAACAAGAAACGCACCAGGACGGUCAAGCUUCCUUCAUAAUGUACGGCACGCCUUUAGAGCAAGGAGAACCGGAAUACUACACUACCUUCCACAAACAGCCUCGCCAACCGCACAACAGCCUCACGAGACUGCCAUACCUUGGCAGCAAGUAGCAGCUAGUGAGAAAAAUGCGGCAAAAUCUGAUACGAGGCCACAGCACGGAAAUCUAGAGAAAAAGCCAACCAGAAAACUAAGAAAAGCGGAUGUGAACACAGUCUCAGACAUCAUCGGUGAGGACUUCGCACAAGUUCGUUUGCGGAAAGCGCAAAUUGUGAAAGACAAGCUGGAGCGUUCUAGAGUUCGAGAGAGAAAAGUCUUCCAGCAAAAAAUGAAAGCAAUUUAUGGUGCAUUUAUCUUUGAGCAAGACAUCAAAGCUGUCCGCCAGGUAGCUAUUGACGUAGACAGAAGCUUUGAAGAYGAUAACAUCAAGCCAGCAAAAUGGUACAAAAAGCUAUCUGAUGAAGCUGAGUCAUUAACUUUAAACAAGGAUAAGGACAUCAACCAUUUGAUAGAAAUGUGUUAUCCAUUUGCUCUAGAAGAUAUUCAUUCUGUGUCAUUUCUAAAGGCUAAAUUGUGUCUUCUCAUUCAAUCCAUGCCUUUGUAUGAGCUUUGUAGUAUUCCUAUGCAAGACAGYUUACAUUUUAUAAUGACCAAUAUCUUGGAAGGUCCAUCAAAUUUGCUGAAUGACUGGAUGGGACAUCGCAAACUCCAGCCUCUUCCUGCAACAGAACAAAAACCACUUAAACAAAUAAAAUAG